UUAUCAUAACGCAGUAGGAAUUUUGUCUGCCAAGAAUGAUGAGUAACUCGGAUGAAGUCAAAGCUCUUUUCGAAGCAGCUGAUAUUGAUAAGUCGGGAUCACUUUCCUCCGAAGAAGUAAAGAAAAUUUUGGAACUGAACUCAGGGAGAAAACUACCAGAGAGCACUGUCCAAGCAUUCAUCAGGAAGUAUGACCUGAACGCAGACGGACAAUGGAGUAUUGAGGAAUUAGCCAAAUUACUGGCUAGUGAAUAAAUUAAUGUUUGUUAAUCAUUUUUGUAUGUAUUGCCGAUAAAUUAUAUAUUCGCUUAUUAGCAUUUUGUUCUCUUUCUUCUCGUGGGUAGUUUAUAGAUGAAAUAAAGUUUGAUUAUAUUUCAAUAGUUUACACACAAUGAUAUUCCAAGUUGUUGAUAGUUGUACUGAGUCACCCUUGUUACAUGUAUCCGGUGUGACUUUAAUGAAUAUCGAUUCUGUUAUAAGUCUUUCUUUCCAUUUAUUCAUGUUAGUUUUCAGAAUGCACACAUUGUUCCAAUCGAUAUUGUGGUUUCUGUCCCAUGCAUGUGCAGCUAUCGAUGAAUUUUUUUCAAGAUUCUUGUAAGCUUGUGUUCCUGUUGUUUGACCUUUGGUUAGGCGUUUAUGUUCAUUCACUCUGAUUUUGAGUGAUCUGGACGUUUGCCCCACAUAUUUAGUCGGACAGUCAGCACAAGAUAUUUUGUAAACCAAAUUGUUUU